GGGAGGGAGCGCCAGGCAGAGAUUGAUGGUUUGAAUUUUCAGGAGAUCACUUUUAUUACAGUGGGCGUUUGGAAGGCCGCCUCCCCCCGCCGCCCGCAGAGAGGGGGAUGUGUGGGGAGCGGGCGGGGACCGCGGGGGAGCCUGCAGGCCGCGGGCUGCGCUCUCUGCCAAGCUUGUCCUGCCAUCCUUCCACUCUGGACCGUAACCUUGAACUUUUGAGAGCGUGGUGACAGUGCUGUAAUAACCCAAUAACUUCUUUAAAAAAAAAAAAAAAAAAAAAGGGGGUGGGAGUGGGGAAGGAGGGGGAAGGAGGGGGAGGCGAAAAAAAAAAAAAGUCCAAACAAAAAAAUCCUCCCGCCCCCCCACCUUUCCCCCCCGCCCCCCCGAGUCCUUCCCCCCUCAUCUGCAAAACAACCAUCACCAGCAGCAGCAGCAGCAGCAGCAAAAGCAAGACUCCUGCGCCGCCGACUACAAGAGGGUUAAAAGCAUGGAUUGGAUUUCACCCCGGGAAAUCUAGCACACGGAGUGAACUUGAAUCUUUGGCUAUUUAAGGAGGACUGGGUUUUGUUGUGAAGUUGUGGUGAUCCAAGGCAGAGCCUGGAUUGAUUGAUUUCAUCUUCCUUGAGUCUCAGAUGACUGUAAAAUGAAUAGAUGAAAUUAUUCCUUUUUGAGGCUUUUCUUAGGGGCUCUCCGGGCAGCACUCUCAAGUGAAGUCAUGAUGUAUUCGCCAAUCUGUCUCACUCAGGAUGAAUUUCACCCAUUUAUUGAGGCACUUCUUCCACAUGUCCGUGCAAUUGCCUAUACUUGGUUCAACCUUCAGGCUCGAAAACGCAAGUACUUUAAAAAACAUGAGAAACGAAUGUCAAAGGAUGAGGAAAGAGCAGUCAAGGAUGAGCUACUUAGCGAAAAGCCUGAAAUUAAACAGAAGUGGGCAUCUAGGCUUCUGGCCAAGCUGCGCAAAGAUAUUCGCCAAGAGUUCCGAGAGGAUUUUGUGCUCACGGUGACUGGGAAGAAGCACCCAUGCUGUGUAUUGUCCAAUCCUGACCAGAAGGGUAAGAUUAGGAGAAUCGACUGCCUGAGACAGGCUGACAAAGUCUGGCGUCUGGAUCUAGUCAUGGUGAUCCUGUUCAAAGGCAUCCCUUUGGAAAGUACGGAUGGAGAGCGGCUCAUGAAAUCCCCACAUUGCACAAAUCCAGCACUUUGCGUCCAACCACAUCACAUAACAGUAUCAGUCAAGGAACUUGACUUGUUUUUGGCAUACUACGUGCAGGAGCAAGAUUCUGGACAACCAGGAAGUCCAAGCCACAAUGAUCCUGCCAAGAAUCCACCAGUGUACCUUGAGGACAGUUUCGUAAAAUCUGGAGUAUUCAACGUCUCAGAACUUGUGAGGGUGUCCAGAACACCAAUAACCCAGGGAACUGGAGUGAACUUCCCAAUUGGAGAGCUUCAGAGCCAGCCAUAUUAUCAUGACAUGAAUUCAGGUGUAAACCUACAGAGGUCCUUGUCUUCUCCACCAAGCAGCAAAAGACCCAAAACUAUCUCCAUAGAUGAAAAUAUGGAACCAAGCCCAACAGGAGACUUUUAUCCUUCUCCAAAUUCACCAGCUGCAGGGAGUCGGACGUGGCAUGAAAGAGAUCAAGAUAUGUCAUCUCCUACGAUGAAGAAACCUGAAAAGCCUUUGUUUAGUCCCACUUCUCCCCAGGAUUCGUCAUCAAGACUGAGCACUUUUCCCCAGCAUCACCACCCAGGAAUCCCAGGAGUUGCACACACUGUCAUCUCAACUAGAACUCCACCUCCACCUUCACCAUUGCCAUUUCCAGCACAAGCUAUUCUCCCUCCUGCCCCGUCUAGCUACUUCUCUCAUCCAACGAUCAGAUAUCCUCCUCACCUGAAUCCUCAGGAUACUCUGAAGAAUUAUGUACCUUCUUACGACCCGUCCAGCCCGCAGACUAGCCAGCCUAACAGCAGUGGUCAAGUAGUAGGGAAAGUGCCUGGCCAUUUUACUCCAGUUUUGGCACCCUCUCCCCAUCACAGUGCGGUGCGACCUGUGACCCUGACCAUGACAGAUACUAAACCCAUCAUUACAUCCACUGAAGGUGAGGCAUCUUCACCUACAGCAACCACCUACACAGCCUCAGGCACAUCCCAAGCCAAUCGAUAUGUGGGACUAAGCCCAAGAGACCCAUCCUUCCUACACCAGCAACAGCUGAGAAUUUGUGACUGGACCAUGAAUCAAAACGGCAGGCAUUUAUACCCCAGUGCCAGUGAGGAUACAUUGGGAAUUACUUGGCAAAGUCCUGGUACCUGGGCUAGCUUGGUUCCUUUUCAAGUAUCAAAUAGGACACCGAUCCUGCCAACAAACGUCCCAAAUUAUGGUUUGAACAUAAUUGGAGAGCCUUUCCUUCAAGCAGAAACAAGCGACUGAGGGAAAAACUAAAAACAAAAGCAAAAUUGAAAAAAAAAUGAAAGAGGAAGAACAGAACAAGAAAAGAAAUCGAAGAAAGAAGGAAAAGAUAGGCCAGCAAUUGCUGCUCUUACAGCAAUUAAUUCCUUUAUGAUUGAAACUGAAAUGACAUAUGAAGGGUCGAUGAUAUUUCACUGAUGGGUAGAAUGCAGCCCCUGCUAAGUAGCCUUUGUUAUAUGAAAUCCGCUGGGAAAUAGAUGUUCUGUCUCUGACAAUAUAUUUUAACUGACUUUCUAGAUGCCUUAAUAUUUGCAUGAUAAGCUAGUUUUAUUGGUUUAGUAUUCUUGUUGUUUACGCAUGGGAUCACUAUUUCUGGUUAUCUCACAAAACAAAGGCUAGACAGAAGCAACAGAGCUGUACAAGGACAAGGGCUGUGAGCCAGGCAUUUUAUCAACACUGAUUUCUAAAUCUUCUAAGAAUAAGCUUUGUAGCCCUCAGUUAUCGGUAUGGAUUUAUUAAACUUUGGCCCUUAAUUCAGCCUUUCCUAGUGUGUUAUGCAAUUUGAGGUUUUCAAUCAGCAUGAACACAGACUCUAUGGAAGAAAUGCCUCUAAGUAGGUAGAAGUGUUAUCUCCUCAUGCAACAGUAAAAAGGAAAAGAAAAAAGAAGUGAACGCCUUCCCCAUUAAAGAAACACUUACAGAGGCAAGUGCAAUUUAAAAAUCAUAUCUAAGGGGGUCAUCACUAUAAGUCCUUCAGCCCUUGGACUCUAAAUUGAGGGGAUUAAAAAUAACUUCAUGCAGACUUACUUUUCCCCUCAGUUUUUGGGGGCGGUAAAAGGCAUUAAAUCAAGACAAAUCACAUCCUUGAGAAAAAGAAAUCAAUGGAAACAGAGCCCUUAAGUUGAUUUAGCUGCUGCCUCUACAGAGGGGUAGAAUUUAUUUAUUUAAAGUUACUGGUUGCAUCAAGAACCCAUAGGGUUUACAUAUUUCUGUAAAAUCUGCAUCAUAGAGACAAAGAGAUAGGCAAAUCCAUGUCACAAGGGCAAAGCUUACCGUUUACAAACUGGUAAUACCAGAAUGGGGAUAUGUUAUAUUUAAAUAAUGCACUCUUAAUGUAAGUCUAGUUACAGGGUGCUGAAAACUUGCAUGGUGCUUUCAGAAGUUAGCCUUGUUCAACAAUUUACACAUACUGACAGAAAUAUAACGUGCAUGGGCAGACAUUUUGCCUCUAUGUCUCUUUAAAAAAACAAACAAACAAACAGACAAACAAAGACAAACUAAAACACACUUUCCAGUAAUCCUAAUUUGCACGAAGAUAUAAUGUCCACAUUACGUGCCUUGCCUUGCAAUCUAAAAAAAAAAAGAAAAAAAAAAAGGAAAAAAAAUACAAAAAGAGAAAAAAAAAAUUUAAAAAAACCCCACCUGACUUCACAACACUUGUUUUGCUGCAUUUAUUAUUAUAAUUUUAAAUCUUUGCCAUUUUUAUGACUAAAUAUUUUGUACUCCAGAUGGGAAGAAGUGUGACAUCAUGGAUUUAUACCUUUAUCUCACAUUUAUAAAGCAUAUCAUGGCUGUGUAUAGUUGCCGCUUAAGAAUUGUAAUCGACCAGCAAUAUUUUCAGUAUUUUUGGUGUUUUUUCUAUUAAGCUUUCAUGUUUUUCAUCUUCCAAUUAAUAUUGGGGGGAGGGGAUACAAAUUUAUACGAAUUAUGCAAUACCAAGUUUUGCCUAUGUAGGUAGUGCUUUUAGCUGUAUUGGUUAUUAUAGGUAAGUACUCAGAUUUAAAAGAAAAAAGAAAAGAAAAAAAAAAGAAGAAUAAAGUAUGCUUUUUUUGUUUUGUUUUGGUUUUUUUUGGGUUUUUUUGUUUUGUUUCAUUUUGUUGUUUUAAUUGACCAAAGUGGGUACUGCUAUUUUUGCAGUGUGAUGAGGUCCUUUUCUGUACUGAGAGGUGGACAGGGGAUUUUUUUUAUACAUACAUACAUAUAUAUAUAUAGAUACAUAUAUAUAUAUAUAUAUAUAUAUUAUGGGGUGGGUGGGGAGAAUUUUUAACACUUUACAGUGUAGCUGUGAAGCAGUGCACCCUUAGCCAGGCAAGGGCUGCAAAGUGACUGUUCUGCCUACUGUGACAAACUUUCGAAUUGGUUCCCUCUUUUCAACUUCCCACCUGGGGUGCAAGCUGAAGUAAUUUCUGGAUUUAAAAAACUAAUAUUCAAUUCUGUUGGAGGCAGACUUGACUUGAGGAAAUUGUUUUAGUGUACGGUUUUUUUUCCUUCAGAAAGAGAGACAGAAAGAGGUCAGGACCUACAGUGAGAUGAAAUCUUUUCUGGCAAAGAUUACUACAUUCUAAAAUGUCCACUUUAGCAAAUGUUUUUAUCUCAGAAUGACAAAGACACUUACUUUUGCCCAGGAAAUGUAUGUACAGGGCCAAAGUCGUCACUAGCAUAAUUCCACUGACUGCAGCUGACUCUGGGGUAACUCCUGCAGAGAAUUUGCCUCCUUUGGUCUGCUUGACUUACGAAUAUUACACUUUCUUUUUAAUCUGUGUCAAAACAUCUUUUGUCCCUCCCCCCCU